GCUCUCUUAUUUGAUUUGGAGACAGAUCUACUGAAACAAUUAAGAUGGAGCAGACUUUCAUCAUGAUCAAGCCUGAUGGCGUCCAUCGCAACCUGAUUAGCGAGAUCAUCGGGCGCUUCAAAUGCAGCGGUUUCCACCUUAAAGGGUUGAAGGUUUUAAACGCGGAGCGAUCCAUCGCCGAAAAGCACUACGAGGAUUUGGCAGGAAAGCGAUACUUUCCCGCACUUGUGGGGGACAUCACCUCUGGCCCUGUGGUGGUGGUAGCCAUGGUUUGGGAGGGAGACAACGUUAUUGUGAAUUGUCGGAAGAUUAUUGGGGCUUCAGAUCCUUCGAAAUGGGAACCCGGAACUGUUCGGGCCGAUUAUGCAAUUGAAAUUGGGAGGAAUGUAAUCCACGGAAGCGAUUCAAUUGAGAGUGCGAGGAAGGAGAUCGCUCUGUGGUUUCCAGAAGGUUUGUUUGGUUGGAAGUGCAAUCUUUACUAGGAGUGCGGCACUGCUGUUGCUCUGUUCUCAAUAGUUUUUGCUUUUUU